AUGUCAGACAUCCGCUCGAAAAGCGCCAACUUCCUCGCGGACUCGAUUUCUGCAGCUACGGGUGGUCAAGAUGCAAGCUCAUCAGCGACGCAACUCGAGCAGGCCGUGUUUGAAAAGUUUGGCCAAUCCACCUCCAAUGAUUAUCGCAACGACGUUCGAAACAUCGGCUUGACGUUGAAGAAGGACAAUCCGCAGCUCGCGCAAGAUCUUCUACAGGGAAACGUGGCACCGAAUCAGCUCGUCAACAUGUCUCACGAGGAGAUGAAGACGGACGAACAGGCCAAGCACGAUCAGCAGCUACGCCAGCAAAACCUCGAAGCCUCGGUGGGUGUCGAUGAACUGGAUCCCGAACACGGUUCCACACAAGGCAUCUCGCGCAUGCAAGAGGACGAUAUGGAAACCUACGGCGAAGCAGGCGACUCAUCCAUGGGUGGUGGAGGCGAAGGUGAAUUCAAGGCAAGAGCUCAGCCCAAGGUGGGCGAAGCCAUGCGCGGUAUCGAGUUCGAGACCGGAAUCUAG